GCAAACUUUUGCAUCUGCGCUUUUUAUUUACUAUAUUAUUUUGUUAAUUUACGUGGAUUGCGUGAUGCAGGCCUUUUUGAAGACGGGCAAAUCGACGGCGGGAGCUGGGGAGAAGAGCCAGGGAGCUGCGGCGGCGCGGCGCAAACCGCCGGCUCCCUGGGUGGAGAAAUACCGGCCGCGCAACGUUGACGAUGUGGUGGAGCAGUCCGAGGUGGUGGCCGUGCUGCGCAAGUGCGUCGAGGGCGGGGACCUGCCCAAUAUGCUGCUCUACGGCCCUCCCGGCACGGGAAAAACCAGCACGAUCCUGGCCGCCGGCCGGCAGAUCUUCGGCGACAUGUUCAAGGAUCGCAUCCUCGAGCUGAACGCCUCCGACGAGCGCGGCAUCAAUGUGGUGCGCACCAAGAUCAAGAACUUCUCGCAGCUCUCGGCGAGCAGCGUUCGUCCGGAUGGCCGGCCGUGUCCGCCCUUCAAGAUCAUCAUUCUCGACGAGGCCGACUCGAUGACCCAUGCCGCCCAGUCCGCGCUGCGUCGCACCAUGGAGAAGGAGAGCCGCAGCACCCGCUUCUGCCUGAUCUGCAACUAUGUCUCCAGGAUUAUUGUGCCCAUCACCUCGCGCUGUUCCAAGUUUCGCUUCAAGGCGCUGGGCGACGACCAGGUGAUUGCCCGGCUGAAGCACAUUUGCGAGGCGGAGGGCGUGAGGAUCGAAGAGGAGGCCUACGGAUCGAUUGUCAAGAUCUCUGGCGGAGAUCUGCGCAGGGCCAUCACCACCCUGCAGUCCUGCUACCGCCUGAAGGGCCCCGAGCACCUGAUCAACACGGCCGAUCUGUUCGAGAUGUCGGGCGUGAUACCCGAGUACUAUCUGGAGGACUACCUGGAGGUCUGUCGCUCGGGCAACUACGAGCGCCUCGAGCAGUUCGUGCGCGAGAUCGGCUUUUCCGCCUACAGCGUUGGCCAGAUGAUGGAGCAGUUUGUCGAGUUCAUCGUCCACCAUCAGGGGCUGAAUGAUCCGCAGAAGGCCACCAUCUGCGAUAAGUUGGGUGAAUGCUGUUUUCGCCUGCAGGACGGCGGUUCCGAGUACCUGCAGAUCAUGGACCUCGGCUGCUGCAUCAUCUUGGCUCUGAAGUGA